AUGAACCUGGUAGCAGAACUUCUCUGUCUGUUGGCGUUCCUCACCCCACUGACUUGUGACCGGGUCUAUGUUCACCCUUUCAAUUUGUUUUCUUUCAACAAGAGUAACUGUGAGGAGCUGGAAAGCCUGGUCCCGGAGGGAAAGAAAACCUUUGUACCUGCCUCCAUCGAGUCCCAAACCACACCUGCCUAUGAAAAUGACCUGAACAAGGACCAGGUGGAGGCCGCAAGCCACAGUGGCCAGGGGCAGCAGGCACUGCGCUACGUGAAGGACUUUGUGCACAUCCUGGGCGCUCGGUUUUACAGCGCACUGCGGGAAGCGCGGCAGGGCCAAAACCUGCUCCUGUCCCCAACCAGCCUCUAUGGCUCCUUGGUGUCUUUCUACCUGGGUGCCUCAAACCAGACAGCAGCUGAUUUGCAGGGUUUGCUGGGAUUUGUUCCCCCCUCCGGAGACCCUGACUGCAUCUCCAGGGUGUUCGGACAGGAAGUCUUUUCCAGCCUGAGGAUGAUCGAAAACCUUGUCAAGAGUAGGGACGAGGAGCUGCAGUUUUCCAAGAUGCUCUGCCUGUUCUCUGCCCCUGGAGUGCCUCUAUCCCAGCUGUUUGUGCAGGACUUGCUCCCUUCUGCUGAUGCUCUCUAUGCCCGAGCUGUUGACUUUUCAAACCCAAGCGAGGCAGCAAAGCAAAUAAAUACCUUCAUGGAGGCCAAAAGCAAGGGCCAAAGCAAGUGCUUACUGACAGACGUUGAUCCAUCUGCUGACCUGCUGUUUGCAGUGGAUGUCUGCUUGGCAGUGAACGUUAAGCAAGUCUCCCGGCUCAAAGAGGCUCAGGAGUUCUGGGUGGAUUCAAACACGAAGGUCAUGGUUCCUAUGCUGUCAUUCACGGGGACAUUCAACUACAAAACUGAUGCCAGUGGGACUUUUUCUGUGGUGGAAGUGCCCAUCAGCAAGACCCUACUGCUGGUGCUGCUGCAGCCCAUCAAUGACAGCGACGUGGAGUCCGAGCUGCCAUUGCAGUCCUUGGCCUGGCUCCAGCAGCUCUCCCCGAGAAAAAUUAGAUUAACGCUGCCAGAGUUAACAAUAGAAGGCAGCUCCGAUCUACAGGAGCUUCUUGCAAAUAUGGAACUGCCUACGCUGCUGGGGAAGGGGGCAAAUCUCAGUAGAAUAAGUGAUGCCAAUCUAACAGUUGGAAAGGUAAUAAAUAAAGCCUUUUUCAAACUGAUCGGUGAUGGAACAGAUCAGCCAGAGGACCCCACAGCACAGAAGGAAGAUGUGGUAUUCCUGGAUGUAACGCUGAACAAGCAGUUCCUUUUAGCUGUUUUUGAAGAGAAGACAAGGGCAAUGCUUUUCCUUGGCAGAGUAACAAACCCUCUGCAUGGGCUUUAA